UCAGAAAAGUUCAUGUGCGGCCAACAUAGCUGGAAUUUUUAAUGGUACUGUACUACUGCGGUAUUCGUGGUGAUAUACACUCCAAGUCACUGGGGCAGGGACGGCUUUUCUUACGAGGGAGACCGUCUGGACUCUAACCCCGGCCUGCAUCGUCGUUGAACCGGUGAAAUAAUCUUACAAACUUCAGGGGCGCCUCGCGCCGUAGUUCACUCGAACUUCACCGAAACUAAAGAGUUUUACUAGCCGGGCGACGCUCAACUCGGAGCGGGUGGGUCUGCCCCCGGCUGGCAUCAUCAGAGCGACGCGGCACUAACUUGGAACUCGCCAGUAUAUACGGUGCAGGAAGUCCUUCGGACAGGGGAUUGUACCCGGUAUUUUAAAGGGAAAAUGCCGGGGGAGAAGACCUUUAACAUCACCAUAGCCGGGCCGGGGCCUUGGGGCUUUCGACUGGCCGGGGGAAAGGAUUUUAAUACACCACUGUACAUUUCAAAGGUGACUGCAGGAGGGAAGGCGGCCAGUAGUAAAAUUCUCCAGAAUGACUGCGUGACAGCUAUCAAUGGUAUACAGACUGAGAGCAUGACUCAUCUGGAGGCACAGGGGGCCAUCAAGAACACCUUCGGUGAUCUCACCCUCAAAAUCAUGAGAGGGGAGGCCACACUCUGGAAGCCAAAGAUUACGAGGGACGAGACGGACUCCGUGACAAAUGUGUCCCUGCAUGCUGACAAACAGACGUUCGCUCACCCCGGUGCCCGCCACAAUGUAACCGCCAAGCCCUUCGGCUCCCCAGGUCCCAGCGGAGGGCUGGGAACAGCCACCGUGGUCCACAAACAGUUCAACUCGCCGGUGGGGCUGUACUCGGCAGAGAACAUCGCCGAUAGUUUCAAGGGACAAACAGAAGGGAUGAUUGCCGGACGUGUGGGAGGCGAGAUGGCACCACCUUCUCAGAGUUACAGCCAACCAGCCAAGCCCUACACCCCGACCUACCAGGAGCCGCCCUCCUAUGCCCACGGCCAAGCCAGCGCCCAGUACAUCGACAAGGCCGAUGAUGAGGAGAUGAAAUACUCGGGCUACAUGAACCCCGGCUCGCAGUCGCGCUCUUUUAAGAUGCUACAGAACAUGACAGCUGACGAGGAGGCCAACAUGGCUGCCCCUCCCCCCGGUGUGAGAAGCGUCAAGGCUCCAGUGGCCACGUCAGGUGGGAGUAAGCCAGCACCAACACUACCCGUGUGCGUCCGCUGCAACCUAGGAAUAGUCGGACCCGUGCUCAAGGCCAAAGAUAAAGCGAUGCAUCCAGAGUGUUUCACCUGCCACUCUUGCGGCGGCUCGCUCAAAAACAAAGGGUUUUUCACUGUUCAAGGAAAAGAAUACUGUGGCAACUGUGAAAGGCAAGCCCGCAUGGACGCCUCACCUGGGCCCCCGGGGAGCUACACCAAUGGUUCCACCACAUCAUUGCCUCAAGCUCCGGUCCAUCAACGCAGUGCACCUCCUCAAGCCGUUCCUGACAAACCCAGACACCCACAUCCGUCUCCCGUCGUCACGUCACCGCCCCUCAGGCCAGCCAUGAUACCGUCCUACAAGUCCAGGUACCAAGCGCCCCAGAGGGAAGACCCCAACGUCGUCAUCGCCAAGGCCCUCAUGAAGAACCCAGAGGCAGUCAAGUCAUGUCAGGGUAUCGUGCCCAUUUUCACAGUAGAUAAAACGGUAAAACACGAAAUCCAAAUGGGGCCAGAAAGCCCCACCAGCCCUCUCCAGAGAUACCCCCGGGAGCCAGGUGCUCCAGAUGACGGGGUCAAAGUGAUGUUUCUCCCUAGUAAUAUCACUGGCAAACCGACACCAAGUCAGAUCGCCAGCCAAGCCCGUAGCAACCCGACCCCUCGCGUCAUGAGUCAACCACCAAGAGCCCCGGGCCCACCGCCCGCACCUUCCUACGCCAAAUCCAGCCCUCGGCCUGCCCCGACGACGAAGCCUCCGCAGCAGCAGCAUGCUGCCCCGGCAGCAGCAGCCGGGGGUGGGGCCGCGGGCGCGGCAGGACGCACCCCGAUGUGUGACGGCUGUGACAGCAUGAUCAGAGGUCCGUUCGUGUCGGCCGUGGGCCGCAACUGGCACCCCGAACACUUUGUCUGCGCUCACUGCCACGAGAACCUAUCCACCCAGGGCUUCGUGGAGCAGAACGGCAAGGUCUACUGUGAGAAGGACUUCAACAGCCUGUACGCGCCCAGAUGCGCCAUCUGCAGCAGGCCCAUCUCCCAAGGGGGUUGUGUCCAGGCCAUGGGCAACCAGUACCACUCAGACUGCUUUGUCUGUCACCACUGCAAGCAACCCAUCACUGGCACCUCUUUCCACAUCAGUGAGGGAAAGCCGUACUGCAAGAGAGACUACCAGGCCUUGUUCUCUGUCCGCUGUGCCUCUUGCAACUACCCCGUGGAGCCCGGCGACGCCUGGGUUGAGGCCCUGCAGAAGCAGUGGCAUUCCAACUGCUUCACUUGCUCCAAGCCGUCGUGCGGAGUUCCACUAGAGGGCCAGGCCUUCUACGCCGAUCGAGGGCAACCGUACUGCAAAAUGCACGCUCCGUAGGAUGGGAGACCUCACAGGAAAGCAAGAGAAAGACGUCACAACAGGACAAGAGACAACAGUAAUUGGCGAGUAACGAGAAUGCCAAAAAGUAGUAUGCAGUGUUUAAGGAUUAAGUUUGUAGUGAAAAACCAACAUUUUGGAAACCCUUGGCUUCAACUUCAUGAUUUCAUCACAGGCGUCGUAUGAAAAAGUCUGGACUCACAUUGCCCUCGAUCAGCACACAGAGGUCACUGAAGUCACCAGAGGCCUAUCCAGUUAGCAAGUGUGACGUCACUGUAGUUUAAACCACGCCCACUGCACAUAGAGUUACAUGGAACCAUGGAACUGGAAGUUAACGCGCAACUUGUCUAUUCAUGCAAUUGUAGUGUAUAAUUCGUGGUGCAUGCGCGUGUAUGACGAAGCCACUUACAGACCGGAUUACUGAUACAGAGUUUCUUCACUGUUAACCUAAUUGUUUUGAACUACAGUUGUUACAAUGAUGGACAAGUCUGUAAUCACCUCUGUGAUUAGCAUGGCAAGAUGGCCACCGGUGGCUUCAGUCUAAACGAGCGUGGCUUCAGUCUAAACGAGCACUUAGAGUCCAGGGUUUUUAUGACAUCCGUGGAUUUCAUGGCAUUACGAUAUAAAGAGUCUUCACAAUUUGAUCUUGGUUCUGUUUCCCUACGUCUCUCAAACUGAUAAUCGGGAUACAACUAGUAGUGUGCGAGGGUUUAGGAAGUGGACCCAGCCUAAUGUGCUAACAGACAGUGGAAAAUUUGUCAAGACGGUUUGAUGAAGGCGAUACAGAUUUAUGGCCAGUUAUGGCAAAAGGACAGCCAGUCCGUAGUUGCUUGCAAUUCUUCAUGCGCAUUACCGCGAACUAUUGCGACUGCUACGGCUGAGUUUUGGCGGUCUGUUUUGCACAUCGAAAGGGAUUGUUGCUCACAAACGAAAUCUUAGUCCAGGGCUUUUUGAGAAAAAUGCUGUGUUAUCCUCCACGCCGGAGUUCUUUAUCAAACACAGUCGCCGUGAAGCAUUACAGUCAUUGUGUUUGACAUUGUGAUUGUUGUCGGCCAGGUUUUUGGCGCAGCGUUGUAGCCAAGUCCAUCCCAAGUCAUCCAGUCACAAGCUGUUCAGACGAUCUGCGACAGAAGGUAUUCUUUUGUCGUUCGUUCACCUCGUUCCUUGUAACCAGUCUUAUGAACAGAUUUGUGACUGGACUUGUUAAAAGGACUUGUAAUGGGCUCAACGACAAGACUGUUCUGGGGGACGUAUAUUCUCUGAUCAUGCCUGUUCUUGAUCGUCAUGACAUUUCCCUCACUAAUGAACAAUGUGCGUUGUCCUGGUUGAUUGAAUUGUAUUUUAACUGGUGUCAAGUGCAUGGUACCAGUGGUUUCAUUACGUUUCACCCAUUGACCCCCCGGUCUUCCUAUCUUUCACCAGCUGGGGGGGUACUUCUUGAGGAGUUGAUACAGGUAUACACAUGCAUGGGCCCUCUAAGACCGAGAUACUUUAGUCCAGAACAGACCAUCUAGACUCGGCCUGUGAGGCAAUGGCUGUGGCAAGCAUGGGCUGUAUUCAAAAGUAUUGGCUGUGCAAAUAGAACAUUGGCUAGCAGCUACCUCCACUUCUCAAAGACACAUUUUUGCUAUCGCUAGCCGCAGCCAGAACUUAUUGGACCCUUUUGUGGACUGAGAAAGUGUGUUAUUUAAGAUGCAUGCAGCACUGCAUUGUGGGAUCGACGAAACAUUGGACACAGAUUCCCUAUGGAUGGGCCCAAUGGCACCGUGUCAGUGUUUGCAUAACUGGUGCCAAUCCAAUCCAUGGGCCGAUCUCAGAGAGCGGCUAAGCCCAGAAGGUAUUCACUCAGCCAAAGUGGGUUGCCAGCCAGACUUAUAUAUCCCUCUUGCGACUGCUUCCCGGCCAAUGUUUGCUUAGCACUUAAAUUUGCUUAGCAAUAUUAUUGUUUGGCAGCUCUUUAAAAUUGAGCCCAUAUUUGUAAUGAGCAUGGAGGGUUACGCAGCUACAUUUCCGAUAGAAUUUUUGGCAUUAUAAAGAACACACUAACACUUAACAGGAAUUUUGAAUCUCCCAUCACCGAAUUGUUCCAUUUUGUCUCUAAAAUUUCAUAUAUUCAUACUAGAUGGUUGCACUUUUUAGCUUGGAUCUUGACAAAAAAUGGUAAACAGGUCAGUUUUCUUCUGUUUCUAUGUGACAUCACUGGAUGUGAGCCAAAGCAUGCCACACGUCCCUUAUCUCUUUUCAGAAUGUUUAAAAAGUGGGUUGUUCGGGAAGAAUUGGGGAUUUGGGUUCAAUUGAAUGAAAAAGUGGCAUUAUGCUUAAUUUUGUGUUCAAAAAUGGCAUUUUUUUCUUUGUUCAGUAGUAAUAUUAAAAAGGACUGUUAGUCAUAUUUGUGGUAUAUUUGCAUUCAAUGUAAACUCUGCAAUACUAGUUUGAAAGUAAGAAUAACUAAUCAUCACCGACGCUGAAUGUGUUUGACGUAUGCAGUGAACUCUUAUUCUUGUGUAGGUAGACAUUUAUUUCACUUGAAGUAGAGACUAGUUCAGAGUAUGUAAUACACCUUAAGGAGGCUACGGCCAUCUUACCUUAGGUCACAGUCACAGUGAGCAAAGUGCUGGGCAGUUUUCUGUGGUUCUUUGUAGCACGCUUCUGCAAGGCUUUUUGUAGUGCACCACCCAGUGUCUUGGGGUGGAUAAAGACAAUUUGACGCAUAUUCUAUGUUGAACUUGGCACAUGGGCGUGCAAAGUGUAUGAUAUAAAAAGCAAUGCUAUGACAUACGAGUAAAUUUAGAGAGUGUGUUUGCAUAGUGUGAUAUUUAACAAAGGGCCUUGUUUAUUUGUACAUCAGUGCCAACAUAUAGGCUGGUACCCGUGAUGUCAUAGGGCCAGCCCGAUAGGGGUUAAAUUGUCUGGCCUUCAGGUUAUGGUAAAGAUGUCCACCUUAUGAGGUCAGUCCAAAAACCUUCAAACUAACAAAGCUAUUGAAAUCUAUGUCUUCCAGUUUUGAUGUUAGGUUUUGAUGUAUUUAAGAGCUUAAGAAACGGUACAUUAGUCAUAUAUUUUCAAUUGUCGAUUUACAGGUCUUAAUUGACGUUAUUUUGAUGUUUUGCUUGUAUUAGAAUGCAUGUUAUCAAAAACCUGAUGAAAAAAAGGAACUGUAUAGAAAUAAACAAUUUUCUUUUUCAUUUUUGGUCACAUUCAUGAAAUCUUUUUGCAUUAGUGAUGUGACCCACUGAUCAAGCUAGCAGUUACUUAUACCAGUGAGGAAUGAGGUUUUGAAUUGAUCAACAAUCAAUUUACAGUUACCAAUAAUGUUCGCCUCUGUCACCGGACAGAAAUAAAUGAAGGAUUAAGAUUACUUUUUGGAUACUCUGCAACUUUGCAAGAAUGUUUAGCUUUUCAGUAAUCAGUUCCAGUUACUUCUAGCAUUUGUAAGGAUUUGAUGCUGUGUGGUCAGAUUGCCAACCCUGUUGCUAUAUCCACACAAAGGAAAUGGAGAAAGCACCAGCCCAAGUGAAAAAUUAUCAUGUAUUUACAAAUGUCAAACAACAUUCAUGUAACUGCAACCACAUCAUAAUCCUCCAUUUUCUAGUGUUUUUGUCACAUAUUAAUUUUGCUUCAGAUGAAGUGCAUUACUUUUCUGCCAUAAAAAUCCAUAUUUAUGUAAAACUAGUUUGUAGUAGGGUAGACAUUAGCUUCAAGACAAAAUUAACAGUACUGAAUUUUUAUAAAUUGAAUAUUAAUAAAUGACGUAGCAUGUUACUGCAGCGGUGUUUUUUUUUUGGACUUUAUUUUUUCCAUUCUUUCAAGCGUGCGGAAAUUAUCAUAUGCUUUCUUUCGUGACUUGAAUGUGCUUCGAAAUGUUUGCAUUUGUAAACUCCACAUUGUGUAGCUGAAUCUGCUUUGUGUACAUGUUUAAUACAGGCGUUUACAAUAUUGCGCCCCCAAGAGUUUGCAACGCGUUGACCAAUCACAACUCGCAAAAUCUGUUGACCAAAUGCACGUUUGCAACGGGUCGACAAAUUUUACGCGUUGUGAUUGGCCAAUGCGUUGCAAACUCUUGGGGGCGCACUGUAGUGAAUCACCCGUAUUUCUGUGAGAACCUAAGUGCAACAAAUUAUGUAUAUAUUUUUAUUGCUCACUGCAAAUUUUCGUACAUUAAUUUGUGUAAAAUGUAGAAGUCUUUUUAUUUGACAGAUCAUAAAAAUAUGUGUUACUAAAGCCGUAGCAGGGAGUUACACGAGUUCAUAUUUAGAAGGCGUUGUAUUGGAUAGAACAGUGUGGAGUCCUAUGCAAUUUUUACAAUUGAAGAAGGAACCAUGUAAAUUAAAUUGGUGAUGGCUAUGUUAAUUUUUGUUCCCUCUUUUAGAUCAGGGUCUCUGACUGUUGUUGUUAAUUAUUAUAUCUUGUGAUAUAUGGCAAUAACAUUAUUUAUUCCUAACGCUGUAGAGAUGAAUUAUUUUUGCUCUAGAGCUUGCACUACAUUUUAUGUUAUUUAAUUUGCUCAUUAACUGCACCAUCUCUGCCCAGUAGUUGUUUGCCCGCAUUCGGAGUGCCUUCUCUUUUCUUUCAAAUGAUUUAUUGGUUAUCUGUGACUUCCUCAUAUUUUUCUCAAACACUGGUGAUUUCACGCUGAGAGAGGAAGCUUAUAUGAUGCCUUUCAGAGAAAGAAAUUAUAAAAGCAACUUUCGUUCGGACACCAAAAGGCCUCGCGUAACACCAGUGCUUACAUUUACACUGCAAUUAGCACAAUUUUGUGUCCAGAAAUCGAGCCAGGCUAUUGUCACACCUCCUUUGUGUUGGACCCCAAAGGAGAUAUGAUUUUCUUUAUAAUCACAGCCUAAAUCCCGUCAAAGGCUUUUCUUAAUUUACCGAUGAUUAAUAGUUUUCACAUACAAAUUGUGGUACUCUGGAAAUCUGAUUGUUUGGUUCAACAAAGGUGCUCGCUUGAGUUGCGCCUCACGAUUUCAUCAGUUGGAUUUACGUUCUUUUUCGAGUGAUAUGGAAUAAACGGCUCUGAACCAAGUGGA